UUAAGCUCUAUCUCGUUCGGUCGCGAAAGCUCAUUCCCCUGCGAGCUUUUCCAAAGCUCACGCGAAGUUAAUGACUCGACUCUGCGAGAAUUUUCACCAGUUCUAAUUAGGCUGAGUGGGACGACAGAUUGAUCGUCGAAAGUAAGUUUAUUCGUCGCGACUCCUCCGUAAUGCAGAUGGCGUGGAAUUGAGGAACCGACUCGGAGAUGUUAUUUCUUCACUGUGUUAUCCUGACUGUCCUAGUGUCUUACAUGAACUGUUGUGAUUUAGAGAGGUUCUUUAGUGAGAAACAAGUGAGCGUCGAAGAGAGCGCCUCGACGUCGCAGAUUGUUUUCCGAGGGCUGACGAUCGCCGCGAAGGCGACGCCGAAUGAUCCACGAGGCGUCUUCACGGCCCACUUCGAACUAAUAAACACUUACAAAGGCGCCGAGACGCUGGAGGCGGGAGGCAUCGGGGCGUUCAGGCGAAUCAACGUCACUUUCGUGACGCGACCGGCUGGAGAAUGUUCGGAGGGCAGCGACGUCCCGAGGGAGUACAUCAUAUUUUGUAAUCUGGAGAAUGAGGAACUUCGAGCCACUUCGAUAGCUAAAUGGGAUGAAAGCACAGAUCAGAGGGUCUGGGCAGCUUUAGGGUGGAGCGCUUGGAGCGACUGGUCGGCGUGCAGUGUGAGCUGUUCUUCCGGAAUACAACAGCGCACCCGCCACUGCCUCCGUGCCGAAUGUCCCGGAUUCAACGUGGAGCAGCGACACUGUAAUCUAUUCGGCUGCGACGAGACCGUGAAUCCUUUGGCUCUCGAGGAGCGGCGCUUCUUCCACCCUUCAAAGGAUCGUUGGCAGACGGUGCCAAACCGGCCGACGGCGUGGCGUCUCAAGCCGAAUUCUUAUAUAUGGGUGCCCUCGAUGCAACUGUUCCCCGACGCCAAGAUCCGGCCCUUUCCCCGGGAGUUCGCCCUCUUUGUCACUUUGAGAGUGCAGAACCAAAGCACAAUGGGAACAAUAUUCAGCCUGCGUUCUCGCCGCCGCCAGGACACCUAUUUAUCCUUGGAGAUCGCAGGGAUUGAUUUGAAAUUAAUUCACGCCGCAUCGAACGGCACCGAUGUGGUCCGGAUACCAAGUCAGCUGGGAGAUGGGUUAUGGCACCAGAUAGCUAUAAGCAUCCGAGAUGACAGCGUCGUCGAUAGUUAUGUGGAUUGUGAGUGGUCCAGGACUGACAUUUUGAGGUCUCACACCCUCGACAUUCCGGACGAUUCCGACCUGAUCAUCGGUUAUCUGUUUACGGGAGAUUUGGAGCAGCUAUCAAUAGUUCCUGAUCCAAGACUUGUCAGUUUGCAAUGUUCCUCGCUUCGAACACCGAUUAUCGAUCCUAGUGUCAAAGACGUCAACCAAGAGGUAUCAACAACACAAAAAAGCAUAAAACUCUCGAAAAAGAAGCGGUUCAAAGUCAGCAACAGAGUCAAAUAGGAUGUAUAACGGUGAUAAGAAAUAAUCAAAAUUUAUAAAAAAAAAACGUAAUUUAAUUAGUACAAUCAGUGCAUAUUUGUAUAUUGAAUGUUUAAUGUUUUCCGUUCGACUUUUGUAUUUAUUUAUUUAAACUAAUUUAUUCGAAUUGUUGUACCUGCAUGACAAUAGGCACUUGUUAAUAAAAACACAUCAUUUUAUCUCGUAGAGGAAUUUCGUUUCUAGACAUGGACAAUAAAUUCUGGAUGUAUUCCGACAAAACCUCUUUGUCUCAAGCUGGUUAUAGAAGUUUUAUAUUGUGUGUUAUUGUAUAAACUCGACUAUUUGUUGUUACUUGCUUUAAACUGUACUUUAUUGUAAUAAUGUAGGCGAGAUUUAACUGUUUUUAAAUAAAUUUUACCGAAGUAAAAGUG